AUUUUUACGACGCUUUCAGAUUAUCGCUUCGUGUCUUGCAACGAAUUAAUUAUAGCCAUUAAUUGAAUGUUUAGUAGUUUAUUACUUUGGGUUUUGAGACGAAAAUCAUACAUGUGUAAAGAAUUCGCCUGUGUUGUAUGCAUUCGAUAUUAAAAACAGUUUCCUCAUGCAGUAAACAAAUCUCAUUAUAAAAGUGAGUCGAAACAAUAGUUACAUAGCGUCACAGUUUCGGCAAUUAUUUAAAUUAUUCAUAUAAUUUAACUAUUAGUAUCGUAUUAUUAUAAUAAACUUCUGUCAUAAAUAUGUACUCAGUGGCCGUUUUCAUUUUGUUUCAAUUGAAUAACUGUGUGCGAUCAGAAAAAUUGUUCCUUGUGAAACAAAAUCCAACAAGUGCAUCUCUAAACUAUUUACAAGUGUUAAAAUGUAUUUUAAUGAAUUCUGGCGAUGAAAAUAUGAUGAAAUAUCCUGUCGCUUCCUAUUUACUACAUGAUUCAACUGGUCAUUUCUACAUCAGGAAUCUGUAUAAUAAUCCUAAAAGGACACUGCCGCCCCUGAUGAAAAAUUCUUUACAAAGACUAUUAAGGCUGCCUCCGAAAAAUUGCUUAACACUACCCACAACAGUGGGCGAAGUUACAAGCAGAAACAUUGAAAUAGCAACAACUGCUAAUCCCGAUCGUGAAACUUUUGAUUAUAAUACAAAAAUUCAAUUUCCUGCUAAACAAAAUGACAGCAUUAUCGAGAGCAAUGUAAUGUCAAAAAAUGGUAAAAUAUUAGAUCACGACGAAACUUCUAGCGAAGCUGCAUGGGUGAAUACUACAGAGUUCAAGGUGAAGGAGAUUACAAAUAACUUAUAUUCUUUCUUUGAUCAAUAUAAGCAGUCGCUGGUGCAAUUUAAUAGAAUAUUUUAUAAGAUUUCAGCAACGAAAUUAAUGUUUUCACAAAAAGAAAAAGAAAAUGGGAUAAGUUUCGUACAAUCUGGUUUGCUCCUAUACAUGGCAUUACUGUCUUUAUCCACGGAAGUGGAUUUAGAAACGAAAAAAGAAAUCGAUACUUGCUUGAUGAAUGCAAGCUCGCAUAUGAAAAAAAUAACAGAUUUUCAACAUAUAGCAGCUUGGUUACCACAGCCGAAUAAUGACCUGAAAUUCCGUUGGGCUGUUCGCCUCGUGUUGGAAGAGCGGCUUGAAAUGAGCCAGCAAUUCCUUGGUGGCAUCAAAAACGGAACCAAAAUAGUGAUAGAACAUUUUAACAGCACAGCCAGCAGAGACAAUGUAUACGAUACACUUAAUCGUAUGGUUGAAAUAGAUUCAGGUGGUGCGAUGCGGGAUACAUUUAUUGAAGAUGAUUUUUUAGACGGUUUCUGUUCCAUUCUGAUCACUACAAUGUAUAUCCGUAGUCGAUGGCGUAGUGCACCGACCGUUCUCAACGGCACAUAUCCCUUCAAAGAUGGCUCAACCCGUGAAAAGUCAGUUAACAUGAUAAAAUUGAAUGACAUCAUGGGUUACGGUGACUUAAAGGAAUGCGAUGCAGAGGCUAUUGAAAUAAAUUACGCAACUCCUGGUUUGAAACUGCUGAUGCUGGUCCCUCGCGGGAACUCUUUAAAAAAUCUGACCACUUACAUGGAAAAUACAACCCCACAAGAAGUUUCCAAUAAAUUACGCUUAACAAGAGUAGCUGCCAUUUUACCAAUAUUCACUCUUCGUAUGACUCUUCUAUUGCCACAAAAACUUCAAUUGAUGAACAUAACUCGUUUGGUGGACGCUAAACCGAGCCCCGACAACAAAUGCGGCGAGUUAAAACUCUCACACGCGGUACAGAGAUUGAUGUUCUGGGCUGAGGCUGGUAGUAACGCCUUUAAAGACGAUGGCAUCGAGUGGGACGAAAAACCCGAGCUAGAACUAUUGGCCGAUCGGCCGUAUCUAUUUUACGUCCGAUGGAAAAAUGUGACUUUGAUGAAUGGAAACUUUGUGUUAUAGUGCAUAUGUAACUACAACAAACUUUCGUUGUAUACAAUUUUGGAACGUCAUAUGUACCUAUUUCUUGUCGAUAUUUGUGAGCAUCAUAAUCAGAAUGCAAGUCAUCAUGUUUUCGUAUAUUUAAAUUAGAUAAAAAGAUAAAACAUCUAUUUCCUA